GCGAGAGAAGGAACGUCCGUGCGGCAUUCUGUGUCAUCAGAAAUCGACACGUGCGCUUCCUCUUGGUGCGCGUAUUCCUCUUCUCCUUUUUCGUGGUCUUGCCAUGCUCCCCAGCUACAGUCCGGUCGACGGACUGUCCCGCAGAUUCUCAUCGUUGGCUGUGAUUGCGAAUUCCGAUGCGCACGUGGUUGGGCGCCUUCUGCAGGCGCCCACAUCGGAAGCCCCGCCAUCUCUUCUGGACAUAUCAUCACUUCCACGCAGAGUCUUGAUCAACACCUCGAUGCGGGUCGUUGCUUCACAUCCAUCCCCUACAGAGAAUUGUAAGUCUGUAAUCACGAACCUGGUGGUUUCGCCUCAGAAAGGGCUGUACUAUGUCCUCGAGCAGACCUGCAGCAACUCAAACAAAGGCGUUACGUCGAUCAGAAAAGCCAACUUAUCGAGGGCAACCCAGGGACCGGACUCGGCGGAUGACGAAUCAACAUUAUUAACCUACUUGUGGUCUUACGACCAGCGGAACGGGUCGAGAAUUGCAGAACGGCCGAAUUCGACGGCUUCCGUGAUGGGGAUGGCCCUUUCGAAAGAUGGUUCCCAUCUCAUCUUGAGCGUAGCCUACCCUUCCUUCGAGGACUCUGCUCCUGGUUGGUACUCCUACAGUGGCACCAUCACGUCCUUGUCUGUUUCUGACUCCUCCCGUCUUUCUUCCUCCUCGGUUGCCUUUCAGGAGAUUACCGAAAUCGGUUUGGACCCUUCCGGAGAGCGUCUGGUUUAUGGUACGGGAGGUCGCGGGGGACUCCAAUAUAUUCGGGUCGAUAGCUCGGGACUCCAAUAUGCCGUAGAAUCAAAACCAAGCAUUCCGCCCGCAGCUGAAGGUGCCGUAGAAUCAAAACCAAGCAUUCCCCCCGCAGCUGAAGGUGCUGUAGAAUCAAAACCAAGCAAUCCCACGGUUAUGGUAACCGCUGUGGUGGCUGGGACAGUGGUCGCCGUUGUAAUCAUUGCCAGCUUGAUUUGCCUAUGGCGGAGAGCGCGCCGCCGACCAGCUGGUCCGGAACGUCCCCUGGAAGUCGGUGAGCAAGCGACUUCAUCUUUAAUAAAAGAUGAAGCGUUGGACGCGUGGGGACUUAUGCCGUCCCGGGUCAAGCAGUUGCCUUUCAGAAUCCUGUCGGAAUGUACGGACAAAUUCAGCGAGGGUCGAAGAAUUGGGGAGAAAGGAGCGUUUGGGAAGGUUUACAGAGGCUCGCUCGACGGCAAGGAGGUCGCGAUAAAGGUGAUGACGGGCGAGCUAACGGACAUCAAACGGAGCCAGUUUGUGGCCGAGGUGAACACCCUCCGUGGCCUCAAUCAUGCUAACCUCGUACAGCUAGUCGGGUACUGCGUCGCGGGCGAUCACUGCAUCUUGGUGUACCCGUUCUUCAGAGGAGGCAGCCUGCACGGGCGGCUGUUUCCCAAGGCCGUCAGUGGGAGGGAUGCAAAAGAGCCGGACACGGACCAAAGUGUCGAGAGUCCGUUCCCUCCGCUGAGCGCAUGAGCAUCGCCUUCCAGGUUGCCAAGGGGCUCGGCUACCUUCACGACGCCGCCAGGCCGCCAAUUAUCCAUCG